AUGGGAAUUCCGGUAGUUCACAGCGCCGCUGUAUCGGGCACGGUGUUCACCCUCCAGAACCGCUGCCCCUACACGGUCUGGCCGGGGGUCCUCUCGGGCAACCGCGCCGUAGCCCUCGGCGGCGGCGGGUUUGUUCUGCUCCCCAACGCCGCCGCCUCCCUAGAGGCCCCGGCGGGGUGGUCGGGCCGCUUCUGGGCCCGCACCGGCUGCGUCUUCAACCACCCCUCCGGCGCCCGCGGCAACUGCUCCACCGGCGACUGCGAGGGGUCGCUGGGCUGCUCUGGCGGUGGCGCGCCGCCCGUCAGCCUGGUGGAGUUCACCCUCGGCGGCGACAGGGACUUCUAUGACGUGAGCCUCGUCGACGGCUACAAUGUCGGCGUGGGGGUGAGCCCGUCGCCGCGCAAGGCCGGCGGGGACGGCGCGUGCCGGUACGCCGGCUGCUUGGCGGACCUGAACGCGAGGUGCCCGGCGGAGCUGCGGGUGGCGGGUGAGACGGGCCAGACGGUGGCGUGCCGCAGCGCCUGCGCCGCCUUCGGGGCGCCAGAGUACUGCUGUACGGGGGCGCACGCGUCCCCCGCCACCUGCGGCCCCACGAGGUACUCGCAAAUGUUCAAGUCUGCCUGCCCCACGGCUUACAGCUACGCCUACGACGACGCCUCUAGCACCUACACCUGCCCAGCCGGGACCGACUACGUCAUCACCUUCUGCCCCGCCGCCGGAGCCGGCGCCGGCGGCCUCUCCAACCGCCACCGGCCUCGGUUGCUUCCCCCCUUGUAG